AUACCACAAUGUCAACAAUGCAAUUUUUGUAAAAAUCCGGAUACAAAUGUUUGUGCCAAAAUUGUGAAUGAAAAAGGAAAUUUAUCAAAUGACCCAAAAUCAAUAAAAUGUAAAGAUGUUCUUUUAUCUCAAAUGGUAAAUCUUGGUACAUUUUCGGAAUACGGUAUUUUCCGUGAAAUGAAUUUGACGAAGAUAAAUUCUAAGGCACCCUUAGAUAAAAUACCUAUAUUUGGUUGUUGUGUACCAACCGGAUUUGGAUCAGCUGUACAUUGUGCUAAAGUUAAAAAAGGAUCUAUGUGUGCAAUUUGGGGCCUUGGUGGAGUCGGAAUGUCAGUUAUAAUGGGAUGCUUGUAUCAAGAAGCGAAAGAAAUUAUUGGAGUAGAUAUUAAUCCAGAUAAAUUUCAACUAGCUAAGAAAUUUGGAUGCACGAAAUGUAUAAAUCCAAAAGAUUUUGAUAAACCAAUCGAACUUGUACUUACGGAGAUGACAAAUGGAGGACUUGAUUAUGCAUUCGUAGCUGUUGGAAAUAAAGCUGUUGUUAAAUCUGCCCUUAUGGCUACUCGAAUGGGUACUGGAAAGCUAAUUGUCAUCGGUUUAGUUCCGGAAGAAGUGAGUCUUCCUACAAUGGGAUUACUGAUGGGAAGAACUGUAAUCGGCACAUAUUGUGGAGGUAAAUAA